UUGUGACGGAUACAUGAGUUCCGUCCCUCGCAUGAAGCGUUAGCGCAAGCUGCGCAACGACACAAUGUCGUGCUAAAUUUGUCACAGUGUUUCAAACUACAGGAAGGCCUCGUACAUCCUGUCCCAUGAUGUCUAGACUCCUAUCAUUCGUGCUCACUGCCGUGUUCGCCUCUUGCCUGACGGCUGCUGCCCCGGCCGCCAUAUCAGCGUCUGGGUCAAGCGUAGCGUCUGCCGCGGAGCCUAGCGAGACCGUCGCUCUUGCUAGUGACAACCCCAACGGUAUCCUGUGGAACACUACGACGGACACCAACCCUCAGCCCAUACGCGGACAGCUCGGUGGGACCAUCUUGGCCCAGCAGAAUGUCCCGCUUCAGCAGCAGAACCCAGAUCUCCUCGCGCCGCCUACUACGGACCAGAACACGAUUCCCAACGUAAAAUGGCCAUUCAGUCUGAGUCCAACGCGUCUGAACACCGGCGGUUUUGCUCGCCAACAGAACAUCAAUCAAAUGCCCGUAGCCACAUCUAUGGCUGGUGUCGACAUGCGCUUGGAACCCGGAGCUAUUCGCGAGCUGCAUUGGCAUAAGACGUCCGAGUGGGCAUAUGUACUGAGUGGCUACACACAAGUCUCAGCGGUAGACCAAGAUGGACGCAACUUCGUGGGCACCGUGGGACCUGGCGACUUGUGGUACUUCCCGCCCGGUAUUCCUCACAGCCUUCAGGCGACGAAUCAGACGGAAGGCGGAUCCGAGUUUCUCCUCAUCUUCGACAAUGGUGACUUCAGUGACGGCUCUACAUUCCUUCUGACAGACUGGCUGGCGCACACGCCGAAGGAGGUCAUAGCCAAAAACUUCGGAACGAGUUUGGCGGCUUGGAACGAUAUUCCCGGCGAGCAACUAUACAUCUUCCCCGGUGAAUCUCCGUCGCCGGAUGCAACGGCACCUGAGGACCCUCAAGGACAAGUGCCAAACCCGUACAUCUACAAGCUGUCCCAAACCAAUGCAACACAGCUCGCUGGAGGCGCUCUCAAGAUCGCCGACUCGCGGAACUUUACUGUGUCUACUACAAUUGCCCUUGCCGAAGUUUGGGUCGAGCCCGGAGGAAUGAGGGAGUUGCACUGGCAUCCAACGGAAGACGAGUGGACCUAUUACAUAUCGGGGUCUGCUCGUGUGACGGAGUUCGCCUCGAGUUCGACCGCCCAGACUUUCAACUACGUGGCCGGUGAUAUCGGAUUUGUUCCCGCGUCCUAUGGUCAUUACGUGGAGAACAUCGGCAAUGACACCCUCCAUUACCUAGAGAUCUUCAACAACAAUCUCGUGGUGGACGUGAGCUUGAACCAGUGGCUUGCGCUCACGCCGCCUGCGCUCGUCAAGGAGCAUCUCCAAAUAUCCGAUGAGACGAUCGCGCAUCUCAGCAAGAUCAAGCCGUACGUCGUUGGAGCCACCGAGGUGUGAUGGCAAUGCCAGGGUCAAUUCUCUUCGUAAACGUAUAUGAUGUUGUUGGUAAUGUCUACUUGAAUGAGAAGCUAGGGCGACCUACGUGUCAUGUUCCUUCAUAGUAUUAACAGUGCGAUUGCUACAUCGCUUUC